UUUCAUUACGAACAAGCUUGUGUUUAAAGACGACACAUUACGACAGUCGCGUUUCAAUCACUUUACGAACAUGUGGUUAAUCUUGGUAUUAAUUAUUUGCACGUUUGCAAAAGUGAUAGUUGGUCUCUUAUUAUUUUGCCUUUUAUUUUUGGUUGGAUGUCGCUUUUGGCUCGAACCCAUCAAAGGUGUAUGUAAGUGCAAAACAAAACUGCAUGGAAAAAUAGCCCUUAUUACUGGAGGUAAUUCCGGCUUAGGAUUAGAAACAGCCAAAGAUUUAGCCAGUAGAGGUGCAAGGGUCAUAAUCGCUAGUAGAGAUGUUAAGAGAUCAGAAGAAGCAGUUGCGAACAUUAAAGAAAUAACAGGAAACGAAUUUGUUGAACACAGAUAUUUGAAUUUAGCGAAAAGAGAUAGCAUUGAGGAGUUUGCUAGAAAUUUCAAUAAAGAAUUCGAUCGUUUGGAUAUUCUGGUCAAUAAUGCUGGAAUCGGGGCUAUCAAGAAACGAAAUACAGAAGAUGGAAUUGACAUGCUGAUGCAAAUAAAUUAUGUUGGACCUUUCACACUUACGUAUUUGUUGCUAAAUAAGCUGAUAGCUUCAAAGCCAAGUAGAAUAAUCAUAGUAUCUUCAUAUGCUCAUAAAUUAGCAAAAUUCGAUUUUGAAAAAUUAACAGACGUGUAUACGUUUCCAUAUAAAACAAACAGCAACUUUAGUCAAUUGAUCAGAUAUUCAAAUACUAAGCUCUGCGAUAUCCUGUGGACUAAAGCAUUAGCCAAGAAACUUCCCAACGGGGUAACAGCUAACGUUCUACACCCUGGUCUGGUUAAAACGAAUAUUUUCAAUAAUUUAAGUCCAAAUUUUAAGAGAAUUAUCUUUCUUGUGAUCGAUAUGUUAUACAAAACGCCAUUAGAGGGCGCUCAGACGAUAAUACAUUUGUGCGUCUCCCCGAUAGUGGGCAAUGAAACAGGGUGCUAUUAUAUGGAUUGCAAAAAAGUUAGUCCGUCCAAAAGAGCUGAGGAUGAAGACCUUGCGGAAAGACUAUGGCAUAAAACUUUAUCACUGAUAAAACAAUGACUUAUAACCACAUAUAUUUUGUACCUUUUUGUGUUGAAAUAAUUUCUCAAUUUUAUAAAACAAAUAAAUAAAAAAAUAUUACAACGUUUUCUUUGUAACAUGCAGGUAAUCCAAAAACAAAACGUCGUUUUCUUUAUUUAUAAAAUUAUAUUUAUUAUAUUUUACCUAAAAGUAUAGAUAUACUAAUUAUUUAAAUAAUCUGUUAUUUUUAAAAAUAAUUGUACAUUUCAGAAAAAAAAUUAUCACUUACUAGAUAAAAUCUUUAUUGUUUUUCUUGUAAAUUAUAAUAUUCUAGGAUUUCAUUUAUCAACAGUACAACGAUUUAUAUUAUAAAAUUAAAAGUUUAUUAUGUAAAAUUUGCUUCGACAAACGGAACAUUAUGUAUUCCUAAAUUAAAUACUUAACAAAGCAAGUCAAGAGGUUACUUUUGUGCCUUA